AUGCUGCUCAUCGCCGCAGCAUUCGCAGCACCGGCGCUGCUGCAGCCACUCGGCGGCGUGCGCUGGUGGCACCUCCUUGUCGCCGCCGCUGCGGCGCCGUUUGCCGCGCUCGCAAACACGCGCGCCGCAGGCGCGACGGACAUCAGCGCGGCGCCCGCUUUCUUCGCGGCGGCGCUGGUCGCGUUCGCCGCGUGGGGCGGGGCCGGCGGCGGCGUGGGAGUGGGGCUCGUGGCCGCCGGCCUGCUGCUUGGCGUGGCCCAGUCGGCCGCGGAGAUGGGCUUCAGCUUUGCUGCCGGCUACACCACCCUCGCGUCCCCGACGGCCGUCUUCGUCGCGCACGUCGUCGGCUGCGUCGCCGGCGCCCUGUUCGCGCCGUUCGCGUACGCGCUGCUCUCCCCCGCGCUGCCGCCGUCGCCACUCGCGGCGCCCGCGCGCGCGGUCGCCGCGCUGUUCGCGCAGGGCGGCGCGCGGGCGCUGCCUGCGUACGCCGGGUGGAUGGGGCUGGCGGCGCUGGUGGUGGGCCUCGUGCUGGCGAGUGUGCGGCAGGUCAUCAGCAGCAGGGCGCGCGUCAUGGUGCCGAUGCCCGUCGUCAUGGGCGUGAUCUUCCUCGCGGGCGCCAACGUGGCAGUCGGCGUCGCCUUCGGCGCCGCGCUGCGCAUCGCGUGGCGCUGGCGACACCCCCGCAGCGCGGACGCGUACGCCGCCCUCGUGGGCGGCGCCCUCAUCGCCGGUGACGGCGUCUGGGGGGUCGGGCGCGCGCUGCUGGCGUCUUUUGGGGUGGCGGCACCGAUUUGCAUGAGCUUCGCGCCUGCUCCCUCGGCCGUGCCGUGA